CAGUCGCAAAAAAGUGCCCGUCGCCAGAACGCUGAAAAAACAGCAAACAAUUGAGAUAAAUAAAUAGACUCGAGAUAGAAAUAGUGAUAGAGUGACAAGAAGCAGCCAAAAGCGAGAGCUGCCACAAAAAUCGAAUUUUUUAAGGCAAAAACAUCAAGGAAUUCGCCGAGAGGAUAACGAAAGCGCUGCACCGCAAACGUGCGACCCCCUCCAUCAGUCCAUCAAACCAUCAGUCCAUCCAGCCAACUAUCCCCAUCCACAAAAUCCAGAUAUCCGCGAAUCCAGGAGCCAACGGUGACGAAAGCAGCAGGGGCAGGACUCGCACACAGCCGAAACAACACAACAAACCCAAAACACACACUCCACAAAGAUGUCAUGGAGAUAUGCGCUUCUCACAGACAGAUACAGCAGCAGUAUCGGCGAUAGAUAUAGUCCCCACUAUUAUCAGUCGCCCAGCCGCUUGGAGACCUCCGAACAGACCACAGGCCGCCAGCUGCAGCGAGUCCUGCACUACUCGAUGGCUCCUAGCCGGGCUCUUCCAGGACUAAGACGCGCCGAGUGCGCCAUCCAUGACGUUGACUGUGAUGAGGUCUAUCCGGGCAUCUACAUUGGUGAUGCUGCGGCGGCCAAAAACAAAACGUAUCUGAGAUUGAUGGGCAUCACCCACGUUCUGAACGCGGCCGAGGGAUGUCGGUAUGGUCAGGUGGACACUGGACACAGCUACUACCGGGAUAUGCCCAGCAUCAGACGCAGCCAUAAGGAUUGUGUUUUUAGGUACAUGGGCUUCCCCAUGGUCGAUGCCCCAACGACAGACAUCUCGCGCUACUUCUACGUGGCCUCCAAGUUCAUCGACAGCGCCAUCAGCAGCGGCGGCAAGAUCCUGGUCCACUGCCUGGUGGGCAUGUCGCGAUCGGCCACCUGUGUGCUGGCCUACCUGAUGAUCUGCCGGAAGAUGUCGGCGGUGGACGCGAUACGCACGGUGCGGAUGAGGCGCGAUAUCCGGCCGAAUGAUGGAUUCCUGCAGCAACUGGCCGACUUGGACAUGGAGCUCAAGCGCAAGAACCUGUAUCCCUACUAGUACGAUUUUUGUGGGACUUGACGGGGAGCCUAAGAGACAACCAAAGAUCCAGGGAGAGUGUAAACGGGGGGCAAUGGCAUGGAUCUUGUAGGGGAUCCGGCAACUAACCAAAUGAAAAAUGAAAAAGAUACAAGAUAAAAGAUUACAAUUAUGAAAUGAAAAUCGAAAAAUGAAAAAUGAAAAAUCGUUGUUCUAAACAAAAAUGGAAGCCUACAAAGCUAACGACUUAUAACUGGUAACUUGGUCUUCUGAUAUAUAUAUAUAUAUAAACUGUUCAUCCCCAAAACUGUAUAAUCGCGGCAUACCCAUAUUAUAGGACUAAUACGAGUACGAGUACGAGUAUAUAGAUAUACACAACCAGCCAGAAGGGAAUCAAGUUAUCUCCACACUCACUCGAACAAACACUUAGAGACCUAGAUUGGUAGAGCCACGAUCGAAGCAAUAUGAGGCGAGAUCAACCUAUAUACCUUGCCUAUACCUAGACGUACAGAUUUAUAUACAUGUAUUCCGGACUCACAUCUAUGCGAAUUUUUUCUAAGGCUCUCAUCUGUAUCUGUGUUAACGUUCUGUUUCAUCCCAUACACCAAUUCCCAAUCCCCUAUAGCGAGCCCAAGUCCUACAUAUAUAAGAAGAGCUGAAACUAGAUCAUGAACAAUGUUUGCGGACACAAACGUAACCAGAUGCAUAUAUACUGAUAUAUAACUGUGUAACGGAUAUACAAGCAUGCGUUAUAUACACCUAUACCAUAUAUAUAUAUAUACAUAUAUAUAUAUAUAUAUAUAUACUGUAUACACCAAGUGUGGACAAUGUAAUAAAACCAAAUUCAUAUUUUCUAGAACAUGUACGAUGUUUAAGAGCAGACGAAACAAAUAACUAAACCAAAUCAAAUGAGCAGAACAAGUAACUAAAACUAAAAGUAAACUUAAGGAGUGAUUAAUAAUAAAAAACAAACAAAAAAACCAAAACAAGAACAAAGUCAUAUAUGGAUUAAACGAAUGGAAUAUAUUUAAGAAUCUUGCUUCAAAUCUUAAUGAUAGUUUUUUGUAGAUUUCGAAAGCGGAAAACUGCUCCAGUUCUUAAAUCACAUAGAUCCCUUUGGUGAAGUGUGAAGGAAAUUGAAUUCGAUUUCCCCAGUUCCCACCAUUUCCCAAUCCGAAAUCCCAGUACCAUCCGAGUGUUGUGGUGUUGUGGGGUAUCGGAUAUUAGCUGCGCCUGCUAACUGCCUGGAAACACCUGCAGAGGCAUUUUCUUAUCGAGGUUUUGGACUCACCAGGCUCACCUCGGCGCGUAAUUAAAACAGAUGAUAUUGGCUACCUGGAACUGGGGCUGCUGCUAACCGCAUAGUUGACCCUAAUUUGGAACUAUCAAUAACUGAGGCGAACUGACCGAAAACCCACUGGAAAAAACACACAAACUAGAAGAAUCCAGAAUACAGAAUCCAACGAAGCCACCACAAAGAUUUCGAUCGUGCGCACAGUCAAAACAAUAAAAUUAAUGUCUCCGCUCGGGUUCACGGGGUUCACGGGGUUUACGGGGUUCAUGGCUAGGUCGGGAUCAGCGGGUGCCACUUAAGUGGUCCCGAAAUGGAAUUCCUCUAAGCCCUAAACAGGUAGCAGUUGUUAAAAGUCGUUGAACAACAAAUGGAACAACAACAGAACAUCGUAUUCGAGGUACAAACUCUUCUGUCAGCCAUAAGAUCCCAAAAACAGUCUGUUUAGAGUGCACAAAUGUAGCUUGGACUCGUAUGCAUGCAUACUAGGCUGAUGGAACUCGACUUUGGCUGAUACGAUAUCUAGGAAAAUUGGUAUGCGGGGUGCUAAUACCUUAAAAUGUGUUAUAAAUAGUAAAUCAAAGCACUGUGUGUGGUAGUCACUAUUAUGUAUCACGAACUUGCGCUGGUGUUGCGCUAUCUAGGAAAAUUAAAAACUUGUCACAGAAUAUGCUCAGAGAUGCUCCAUGACCAACUUUAAUAAGAUGCUAUAAUGUACAUGAAAGUUGGUAUGCCUAAAGCUACAAAUUGUUAGUGUAGUGCAUUUCUUAUUCGUAUAGGAGCUUGCUUACACACUGGUUCGCUUGAUCAGGUCAAAUGGCAAAAGAGACGAUGUCCAGCGGCGUUUGUUGGUAUCUUCGACUGGCUUCGCGGGAAUGUCCAUCGCUAAACUAGUUUCUCGGUUUCCCAGGCCUCGACCUAAGCUGCUAGAAAUCAUUUUUCAAAGCCCACACUUAAGACCCGCACUUCAUGGAACAGAACAGCUGGCCCCUCGAGCCCGCGAUAUAGACCAUAGACCAUAGACCAUACACAACCAUGGCCAACAUCCCCACACAUCCACACAUCCUCGUCCAUGUCCCUUCGCUCCAGAGGGUGACACAUGCUCGGGAUAUGGAAUACGAGGGAGUGGGUAAAUAGAUGAGGACUCUAUGCACAUGAAACAAUUAUUAUUAUUAAUAAGUUAGUUUUGUUCUAUACCACGUGCCACCUCUUCAGCUUGCUUGCAGCUUGUGCUUCGUCCUUCGAAUUACGCUAUAAGAUUAAGCAUGAAAAAUGUUACGAAUUUUCCACUCGCAUAAUUAAUCUUCAUCUGGCGCUAUGUUUGCCUCUCCAUGUGGCGAAUGGGGCGGGUCUGGGAUCGGGGGGGUAGGAUUUUACAUGCGAAAGAGUUAAAUAAUUAUAAGUACACACACUACUCACGCGGGGUGUGGAUGGGCAAACCUUCGGUGUACACAGAACAUAAUAAGUGCUUACUUAAAUUUGAC